GUGUUGUCUUGUGUGCUCUCCUGUGCUGGAGUGAAUUUUAUCCCUGGACUGCCUGUUGACAGAACAUCGCAGUUGUACCGGUUUGGGAGCAAAAUAUGGAAUGUGUUUCACUGCUGACCGAAGGCAGCCAAAUGAACAGUAUUUAUAGUAGUUUGAAAAUCAGCAGUUAGCAGUUUCUUCACAUUCUAACACUACCCAGCACUUUCCAGAGAGAACUCAUUGUUUACAAGAAAUCUGCUUUCCAAAUCCGUUGCGGUGCCCUCCAGCCUUGACUAUUAACUAUUUGCAAAGGGGAAGCUAAUCUACGGUUUGGGGAAAGAUGGCAAUGGAUGGGUACCUGUGGAUGGUCAUUGUGGGUUUUAUCAUUGCUUUUAUUUUAGCCUUUUCGGUUGGUGCAAAUGAUGUUGCCAAUUCUUUCGGAACGGCUGUGGGCUCUGGUGUCGUUACUUUACGCCAGGCUUGCAUUUUGGCUUCAGUUUUUGAAACCACUGGCUCAGUAUUACUGGGAGCAAAAGUCGGAGAAACAAUUCGGAAAGGUAUCAUUGAUGUUAACCUGUACAACAACACUGUCCCACUGCUGAUGGCAGGAGAAGUGAGUGCAAUGGUUGGUUCUGCUGUUUGGCAGCUGAUUGCGUCAUUCUUGAAACUCCCGAUAUCAGGGACCCAUUGCAUCGUAGGUGCUACGAUUGGAUUUUCUCUGGUGGCAAUUGGCACGCAGGGAGUCCAGUGGAUGCAGCUUGUCAAGAUCGUUGCCUCUUGGUUUAUCUCCCCACUGUUAUCUGGCUUGAUGUCUGGAAUCCUGUUUGUGCUGAUUAGAUUCUUCAUUUUAAACAAGGAAGACCCUGUGCCCAAUGGUCUCCGUGCACUUCCAGUGUUUUAUGCUGCUACCAUAGCUAUUAACGUGUUUUCCAUCAUGUACACGGGGGCACCAG